AUGCAAGCAAGACGACAUCUGAUAACCACGGCCCGGCGAGUUGGAGCUGGUGCCUCGACCAGAACCCUGCGACCAAUUACCCGCGCAGCGACCUGCCAGGCUCUGGGCCCGGCAAUUGUGCACCUGAGACCGCUCCCAAGCAUCGCCAUCCGAACCUAUGCCAAUGGCCGAGGCCCUCAUCCGCCGGGUGGCACGCAUCGUAUGAACAUGGGAGGAGGGGAGGAGGAGAAGCCUGCUCUGGAACAGUUUGGCAUUGACCUCACAGCCCGGGCCAAGGAUGGGAAGCUCGACCCCGUCAUUGGACGAGACUCGGAGAUCCAGCGAACAAUACAGAUCCUGUCUCGGAGGACGAAGAACAACCCUGUCCUGAUCGGCAAUGCUGGCACGGGAAAGACGGCCAUCCUCGAGGGCCUCGCUCUGCGGAUCGUGCGCGGUGACGUUCCAGAGAGCAUCAAGAACAAGAGGGUGAUCAGCCUGGAUCUGGGCUCCCUCAUCGCGGGGGCCAAGUUCCGCGGCGAUUUCGAGGAGAGGCUGAAGAAGGUGCUGGACGAAGUACAAAAGGCUGAGGGCGAGGUCAUCCUGUUCAUCGACGAGCUGCACAUCCUGCUCGGGCUGGGGAAGGCGGAGGGGUCGAUCGACGCCUCCAACCUCCUCAAGCCGGCGCUAGCCCGUGGCGAGCUCCAGUGCUGCGGCGCCACCACACUCGCCGAGUAUCGGCUCAUCGAGAAGGAUGUCGCGCUGGCCCGGCGGUUCCAGCCCAUCCUUGUCAACGAGCCCUCUGUGGAGGAUACCAUAAGCAUCCUACGUGGUAUCAAGGACAAGUACGAGGUGCACCAUGGUGUUCGCAUCACCGACGGCGCUCUCGUGGCUGCCUCCACGCUCUCGAACCGCUACAUCACUGACCGAUUUCUUCCUGAUAAGGCCAUCGACCUUAUGGACGAGGCUGCCAGUCACCUGAAGUUGCAGCAUGAGUCCAAGCCAGAAGAUAUCAUGCGUCUUGACCACAAGAUCAUGACUAUCCAGAUUGAACUCGAGAGUUUGAGGAAAGAGAAGGACGUCGCCAGCAAGGAGCGAAAGGAGAAACUCGAGGCCGAUCUCAAGAAGUACCACGAGGAGAUCUCAGAGCUCAAUGCUCGCUGGGAUAGGGAGAGGGCUGAGAUCGAGUCUGUCAAGAAGGUCCAGGAAGAUCUGGACAAGGCCAGGUUCGAGCUCGAGCAGGCUCAGCGAGAGGGACAUUUCGCCAAGGCAUCUGAGCUGAGGUUUGGAACUAUCCCCGACCUUGAGAAGAAACUUCCUAAGGAGGGCGAACCUGUUUCAGCCCAGGGCGAUGACGUCCUCAUCCACGAUUCUGUUACGGCAGAUGACAUUGCGAAUGUCGUGUCCCGUAUCACGGGCAUUCCAGUGUCGAAACUCACAUCCGGGCAUAUUGAGAAGCUCGUUCACAUGGAAGACUCGCUUCGAGAGUCGGUGAAAGGCCAAGAUGAAGCCAUCAAGGCUGUUUCUAACGCCGUCAGACUCCAACGUGCGGGUCUCAGCGGAGAGAACCGUCCUCUGGCAUCCUUCUUCUUCCUGGGACCAACCGGUGUCGGAAAGACGGAACUCUGCAAGAAGCUCGCCAACUUCCUGUUCUCCACGGAGUCAGCCGUGGUGCGUUUCGACAUGUCAGAGUUCCAGGAGAAGCACACCAUCUCCCGACUCAUCGGCGCGCCCUCGGGCUACGUCGGCUACGAAGAUGCUGGACAGCUGACCGAGGCGGUCCGCCGCAAGCCGUACGCUGUUCUACUCUUUGAUGAGUUCGAGAAAGCUCACCGAGACAUCUCUGCCCUGCUGCUGCAGGUUCUCGACGAGGGCUACCUCACCGAUGCUCAGGGCCACAAGGUCGACUUCAGAAAUACAAUCAUCGUUCUCACGUCCAACCUGGGUGCAGACAUCCUUGUCGGCCACAACCCCCUCCACCCGUACAAGGAGACUGAACAGGGCGACAUCGACCCCUCGGUCCGAAACGCCGUCAUGGACGUCGUCUCAAACUCCUACCCACCAGAAUUCCUGAACCGCAUCGACUCGUUCAUCAUCUUCAAGCGUCUCGCCAGGGAUGCCAUCCGCGACAUUGUCGAUAUCCGGCUGAAGGAGCUGCAGCAGCGCCUGGAUGACAAGCGCAUCGCCCUCUUCGUGCCUGACGAGGUCAAGGACUGGCUCGCAGAUCGCGGCUAUGAUCCCAAGUUUGGUGCUCGCCCGCUCAACCGUCUGAUCACCAAUGAGAUUGCCAACGGCCUCGCCGAUAGGAUCAUUAGGGGCCAGCUGCGGAUGGGUGAGACGGCAGAGGUCAAGAUCAGAGAAGACAAUCAGGGUCUCGAGAUCCUCGAGGCAGCCACAGCCACUUGA